AUGUCACAACAUCAAGAUGACAUUUCGUUUGUCGACCUAAACGAAGAUAUUUGGAUCAAAAUUCUUUCCUACAUUCCUACAAAUCAACUCUUCCGCAUUCAGACAGUAAACAAAACAUUUUCAAAGAUUUCGGAACACGAUGAAUUAUGGAGACAAUUUUACAAGCAGGAACUUGCUCUAUUACACACAUUCGAUGUUCUCGACGUCGAGAAGCCUGUCCAAUCAAACUUUAAACAACAUUUAAAACAAAUUUAUGAAAAAACAAUUUCGCAAAUUGACAAGAAAUUCAAAGAGGAAAUCUCAAAUCUUCCCAAAACUAAAUACAAAAACACUUACUAUACAAAAGAUGAAAUAUUGAAUUAUGAACCACCGCAAGAUUUCCAACAAGAACGUUUUAAUGUUGCAAUCUCUGGAGAUGGAUGUAUUGGAAAAACAUCCAUGUUCAUAAGAUUUGCAAUGGGAAAGUUUCCAAAUGAAUAUAUACCAACCGUUUUUGAUCAAAAGGACAUUCAAUCGAAAUGGAAUUCAAAAUAUUACUUGGAUUUAUAUGACACUGCAGGCCAGGAGUAUGAUCGUUUAAGACCAUUAGCAUUUUUAAUUUCAAACCUCUGUUUCAUUGCAUUUACUUGUUUGGAUACCUUUUGCAAUGCUCAAUCUUUUAUCAAUGUUGCACACAAAUGGGUUCCAGAGUAUCGCCACUUCGCUCCACAAGGUAGAAUGAUUCUCGUUGCAACUCGAUGUGAUUUAAGAAAUAAUACGAAAUUCAAGAAGGAAAUGUUAUUUCGAAGAGGAAUUAGACCAAUCCAAUUUGAACAAGGUGAAUUAAUGGCACAAAAGAUGGGAUGUAUGACCUAUAUUGAAACCAGUGCUCAGGAUGGUAUUGGUUUUGAUCGUUUGGAUGAGUUGAUAGUGAAAUCAAUGGCAAUACCACUUCGAUCCAAUGAACACAAGAAGUGUUUUUUGCAGUAA